AUGCCUAGUCAUCGCAAUUCAAACUUGAAGUUUUGCACAGUUUGUGCAUCAAACAACAAUCGUUCAAUGGAAUCGCAUAAAGUCCUGCAAGAAGCAGGCUAUAAUGUUAGCUCUUACGGAACAGGUUCAGCUGUGAGACUGCCUGGUCUAUCGAUAGAUAAGCCUAAUGUGUACUCAUUUGGUACACCCUAUAAUGAUAUAUAUAAUGAUCUUUUAUCACAAUCAGCAGACCGUUACAAGUCGAACGGUUUAUUGCAAAUGCUGGAUCGUAAUAGAAGACUCAAAAAAGCACCUGAAAAAUGGCAAGAAAGUACAAAAGUCUUCGACUUCGUUUUCACUUGUGAAGAGAGAUGUUUUGAUGCCGUUUGUGAAGAUUUGAUGAAUAGAGGUGGGAAAUUAAACAAAAUAGUGCAUGUAAUUAAUGUUGACAUUAAAGAUGAUGAUGAAAAUGCUAAAAUUGGUAGCAAAGCUAUAUUGGAAUUAGCUGAUAUGCUCAAUGAUAAAAUAGAACAAUGUGAAAAAGAUGACAUUCCCUUUGAAGAUUGUAUAAUGGACAUUUUAACUGAGUGGCAAAGCUCACAUUCUCAACUACCGUCAUUAUACGCUCCUUCAUAUUACUAA